AUGGCUGAUGAGAAGCAAGACAUUAUAACUUGUUGUGUCUGUGACUCUAGGCCAACCAUUGCCGAAGAAAAUAUUCCAAAGGAUUGUUUCAUGGAAUCUAGGAUAACGUACUGCACCCAGUGCUACGCCACUAUACUGUUCUACGAAAAUGGCUCCUCUGAGAAUUUUGUAAACAGAUUGGUCUUGAGAUCCGCUCUGAACUUCGUAAGUAACAGAGAAGUAGUCAGAGAAGGAGGUAGAGUUCUAGAGAAAAGGGCCAAAAAAAGCAUACGCAGAUUUAGCAAAGAUCUUAAACAUAAAUCACCCAAUAACAAAACUGAAAUUGGAUUCUACAGAAAAUGCAUCAGUUAUUAUGAGGGGAAAGACUACAAAAGGUCGUGGGAUAGUUUUCGCGGAUUCACCAUGGAAAGUUUAUUCAGUGGGAAUGAAGGAAACUGCGGGACUGGGAGUGAGUUAUUUUAA